CGUCCACCUGGAGGUUCAUUUCGGUUUCAGCAUUUGUACAGGUGCGUGAGUUUCAUUCCGUGUUGGAACUCAGUGAAUAGUUUUGUUCUUCAAAGUUUAAUUGAGAAAAAAUGAAACAACAGACGGUGUAUGUUUUUCUAGUAGUGCUACUGGUGACGGUGUCUUAUGUGAAUGCCACGGUUUAUCUUUAUGCCAAGACAUGCUCGUCAUGCAAGGCUUACGGGGCUAAAUACUGCGGCUAUGGAAGCCUACACUCCAAAGGAUACGUUUCCUGUGACGGGGCGACGGCGAUAAAAAAUUGCGACGACUGCAAAAGAAGGCUCGGGCGAUGCCAAGAAAACUAUAUUACGGAGUGUUUCAUCGGUUGAGGACUUGGUAUUGAAUACGUGUGAUAUCGGAACCACUAACCAUAGUCGUACGAUUGCCUGUUGUAAAUCCUUUUAUCUCACUUGUUAAACAGCAAUACAUUUGCUUGUUCCGUCAGGUCAAAAGAAUAGCUUACACUUAGGACUCCCAGAGCUAUAUAAAGAUAAUAAAAAAAACUAUUGAAAACA